CCGGUUGUCGUGAUAAAACCCUGCCUAAACCCCCUCCUGAGCGCUGAAGCCACAGCCCUUCCAAGCUUGGCCUCCAUUGCUGUCUCUUCCCGUCUUCUAUCGGUCAGUUGACUGCGCUAACAGCAAUCAGCAGCCCAGGCAGGAAGAGCUUAGUCUGAACCACCACACUACCUCUUUCCCCUUAAUGUGCAUACUCCACCCCUCAGCAGCCCUCCUGCCUCUGUUCUGUUGCCCUAAAAUCGUUCCAUAGGAGUUCCAAGUAGAGCAAAACCUGGUUUAUCGUUAUUCUUCUCCAUUGCUCCCCUGUUUUGGAUUUUAAAGAAUGGCAUCCCACAUAGGUGUUGUUCCUCCUCCUAUGACACCCGCUAAGGGAAAUGAGCCCAAGACUGCGGAGAAAAUCGACUAUUUGAAUCUUCCUUGCCCCAUACCUUACGAAGAAAUCCAUCGGGAAGCUUUGAUGUCCUUAAAGCCGGAACUUUUUGAGGGAAUGCGCUUUGAUUUCACCAAGGGGCUCAACCAGAAAUUCUCCCUCAGUCAUAGUGUGUUCAUGGGGCCUAUGGAGGUUCCUUCACAAGCUUCCGAAACCAUCAAAAUCCCUACUGCACAUUAUGAAUUUGGCGCUAAUUUUCUGGACCCAAAGUUAAUGCUCUUUGGGAGGAUAUUGACUGAUGGGAGGCUUAAUGCAAGAGUGAAGUGUGAUUUGACUGAUAAUCUUAUCUUGAAGGCGAAUUCUCAGCUCACAAGUGAGCCACAUAUGUCACAUGGUAUGGUCAAUUUUGAUUACAAGGGUAAAGAUUUCAGGAUUCAGUUUCAACUGGGGAAUGGUGCCUUAUUUGGUGCGAGUUACAUACAGAGUGUUACUCCACAUUUGUCUUUGGGUAGUGAAGUGUUUUGGGCUGGUCAGCAUCGGAAGUCUGGAAUUGGUUUAGCUGCUCGAUACAACACAGAUAAGAUGGUUGCUACAGGGCAAGUUGCCAGUACUGGAAUGGUUGCUCUCAGCUAUGUUCAGAAGGUAUCUGAGAAGGUUUCUCUAGCAUCAGAUUUCAUGUAUAACUACAUGUCACGAGAUGUAACAGCAAGUUUUGGUUAUGAUUACGUCCUCCGACAGUGUCGUCUGAGGGGGAAGAUAGAUUCUAAUGGUUGCACUGCUGCUUUUCUGGAAGAGAGAUUGAACAUGGGUCUCAAUUUUAUUCUUUCUGCUGAGGAACGAAAACCGACUGAGCACGUUAUAUCGCACUGACUGUAUUACUGUCCUUAGUAUGGUUUUAUAACAGCUCUGAUGAGUAAUGACAAAGGCACCUUCUUUGGCCGGUAAGUUAAAACUGGAUGAUGCCGGAUCACUGUCUGCUACUAAAUGAAAGAAGAAAUAAAGUGAAAGAUAAAAUAACUGCCAUAAGAAAAUUUAUGGAGGUAGAAAUACAAGGACAAAAUCCUAAUGAAUAUGGAUUUCCGGUGUCAGCCCGUUCAUCUGAUGUUAGAACCCCCACUGUCACGAGUCAUUGAGCAUAAAAUUGACCUCUGUAUUGUGCUACAGGCACCUUGCGUAUUUCAACAGUGUAGUAAAUUCUAUCUAACUCCAUGUUGCCUGAACUGGUAAAGGGAGCUUUUGCUAUUCUGAAUUUAAAGCAGGUAAGUCAGGUACCUAAAAGUAUUUUUUAGAUGGUUUCGAUUUUGCAGGGCCAUGUGUCAAGCUUCUCCAAGCUUUCUUUUUCUUUUUCUCUGUUUGUUUAUUUUAUUAUAAAUCUUUUUCUAUUCUGGGUCUGA